GGUGGUAUUGUAAUAUGGCAUUUGUAGGUAUUGUUUGAUAGUUAAUAAAUAAUAACUAUCGCAUAAUAUGUCGCCCACUAACCCUCUCUACUACCUUUUCAGUAUAUCUCAAUUCGUGGUCAGGCUCAAACAAGUUACAAACUAGGCUAGUCAGUUGUAGUCGGUAUUUAUUAUUCAGGUUUAACACUCAGCUGACACUUUAAAGUAUAAUUUAUUAUAAUUGACUACAGAUUACGGAAGUUCUUGUUGUCACUCGGAAUUUUUAAAAUUUGUCAGUCGUUGUGAGUGAUAACGUGUUGUGUUUUACUGUUGCAGUAGCCUUCCUAUAAAUAUUCUAGACCUCUAGAUCAUUCGAUGGGUAUGUCGCAAAUUUGUUUGGUGUAAUUUGUAAUUAUAUUUUAUCCGCCCGGCGUCCGGACUACGACAGACACAAACGUCAAUCAAAUCAUUAAUCAACGAUAAUAUUCCAAUAUUCCCGCGAUUGUCGAGACUUGCGCACAGACGCAUUGUCACGUUGGUUCCAUCGGUUGCGCACUUGUGCGUCGUUAUCUCCGCGCGCGCAGGCACGCAGUACCACAGCAGUGAGCAGUAGACCACUAGUCAUCCAGAACACUGAUCAGUCCAUCGUCAAAAGUCUUCGUUUCGGUAUCGCUCUGAAAUACAAAUCGUAAACGCAGUGAUCAGUGACCAGUGUUGAAUAAUAUCCAUUUCAAACCAGACGACCAGUUGGCAGUUACAUAACCGUUGUUUGUGGGUUGUACGGAUUCACGAAGACGAUUAAUUGGACCAGCGUAUAAAAAACAUUUGCAAUGAGUACGUGGCAACAAACACAAACUCCAUACGGAUCAGGAGCUGCUCCACCACCGCCUGGAUUUUUUCCACAAGGUGCACCAUAUCCAAAAGCUGAUGGUGGCUAUCCUGCUGCUGGUGGCUAUCCUGCUGCUGGUGGCUAUCCUGCUGCUGGUGGAUAUCCUGCUGCUGGUGCUUAUCCUGCUGGUGGUGGAUAUCCUUCUGGUGGUGGAUACCCUCCACCAUAUGCACAACAAAAUGUGCCUUAUUAUGGAGCAGGAGCACCAGAAAAUGAUAGUUUUAACGCACCCGAAAACUUUGGCUUUAGCGAUAAAACUAUUCGUAAAAACUUCAUAUGUAAAGUUUACAGUAUUUUGAUGUGCCAGCUACUAAUCACAUUGAUAUUUGUGGCUAUGGCAACUCUUCAUGAUGCCACUAAAAUGUAUGUAAAGACACAUCCUGGACUGAGUAUCGUCGCAAUCAUCAUUACAUUUGGUACUUUAAUUGCACUCGCAUGCUGUGAAAAUUUACGCCGCAAGAGUCCUACCAACUUUAUUCUUUUGUUUGUAUUCACCUUAGCUGAAUCGUUUUUAUUAGCGGUAUCUGUAUCACGUUACUAUCCAGAACAAGUACUGUUGGCUCUUGGCUUAACUACAUUGAUAUGUUUUGCUCUUACAAUAUUUGCUUUUCAGACUAAAAUAGAUUUUACAGUAAUGGGUGGUUUUUUAACAGUAGCUGUAAUAGUUUUGUUUGUUGCAUCUAUUGUUGCUAUAUUUUUCCCUGGAAAAUUGAUGACCCUCAUAAUUGCAUCUGCGGGUGCAAUCAUAUUUUCAUUAUAUCUUAUUUAUGACACCCAAAUGAUGGUCGGUGGUGACCAUAAGUAUUCAAUCUCUCCAGAAGAAUAUAUUUUUGCAGCAUUAACCAUCUAUGUAGACAUAAUAAACAUUUUCAUGUACAUUUUAGCCAUUAUUGGAGCUUCAGGUGAUGAUUAAACAUUUUAUGUGUAAAUUAUAAUAUAUAAACAUAAUAAUAAAACUGUUGAUUGUUUAUUUAAAUUAAAGAUGUAGAUUAUUAUUCCUUUUAGCUUUAAUUUUUCUGAUUAAGUAUAGUUAUUCUGUUAUUUUGUGUUCAGCGAGUCAGUUUUAAUAAUAUUUAUUCAUUUAUUCUCACUAAAUAUUUAUAUAUGUAUAAUAUAUAAUAUGGAAAAAAGUAUUGAAAAACACUUGUUUAAUAAUAUUUUAUUAAAUACUUUGUGUUAAGCAAAUGUAUUUUAUACUUAUAAGUUAUAUCUAAUAUACAACAUAAAUUAUUAUAUAAUUUUUUUAUGAUUAGCCAAAAUUGUAUAAUAGACAUUUAGGGCUGCUCUUACAAUGCCUGGUAAAGUGUUGGUUAAAGUUAACCUACUGAUACCAGAUUUUAUUACCGGCCGAAUUCAGCCUGUUAAGUGUCUGUUAACUUCAACCGGACAUUGUAAGAACAGCUUACUGUGUUAAACAGCGUUUUGUUUCAGUUAUUAAAAAUUAAAAGAAUGACUGUAUUUGGAAUAUAACAAAUUAAAGUAUCAUCUUUUUAAGAAUAUUAAUAUUAAUUAACAAAAUACUGUUUUUUAUUUUUAAUUGAACAUAGUACAUUUUAAUUCACGUAUAAACAGCAAAACAUAGUAAUAAAUUGAAAUUCUUACUUGUUAAAUUUAAUUUUUGACAAAAAGUGGAUUUUAUGGGUGAUGUAAGCCUGUGCAAUUUAAAUUAAUAUUUUUGAUCUAAUCAAUAACGAAUAAUUUUUCAAGGUACGUAUUCUUGUACAUGAGUUUUAUUUAGUAAUGAAAAAUAUUGCGUUAUUGAGUAAUUUUAUUCAGAACAAUAGAUUAUGUGAAAUAAAAUAUAAUUCAUAAUAUGAUUUAUAUUAAUUACAUUUUAUUCAAUAAAUAAGCAUUCCUAAGCAUAUAUUUGUGAUUUAAACUUUGUAGUAUUAUACAAUUAUAGGUAUAAUUGUAUAAACAAAUUUUAAUUAUUUUUGUACACAUUGUUAUUCUUUUUUGCUAUCUUAUAUAAUAUAAUCAUUGGUGUUAAUAUACAUUUUUAACCUAUUUAAAUUUACUUUUAUAAUUUGAAAUGUUUGUGGCAUUUAAUUUAAUGGAUAUUUUGCAUGUACAAUAUACAAAUAAAUGUAUAAUUAUGAUUUAAAAUAUUUGGUAAUAUACAAUAAUUAUAAAGAUGUAUUUGUUGUUACCUAUGUUAUAUAUUAAAUGUCUUGGAAAAUUAAAAGGUAAACUAUGAUCUUUUA